AUGAAAUUGUAUAUCUUAAAUUAUUUUUAAGGUUGUCUUAAUAACGUUGUUAGAAGAAAAAAGUUAACUUUAGCACAGGUAGGUUGUAUGCAAAUAUUUAUAUAUAACACUCGUCAAUACAACGUAUAAUGUUGUGUCAACAUUCAUAUGUUAAAUGUUAAGCAGAGAUGUUCUAAGAUGGCUUUGGAAUAGCCUCCUCCGUAGGCAUCUCACCGGGGGGCUAAAACCCGUACACAAAUAGGUUCUGAUUGGCCAAUAGCUUGAUAAUUUCGGAUAUCACAAAAACCUCAUCGAAUAACUGUUUAUUACAUUAUAAUAUAUGGAUUAACAUUAUUGUGAAGUAAUUUAAUAAACCUGAAAUAUGCGUCAAAUUUAAAUUAUUUUUUGUACAGACUGUACAGACAUCGAUCAAUACUUUACACCUGGAAACUGCUUGUUCUAGUCUUGAAGAAUUUGUUGCCGAAAAGACUGGGUAUGUUAAUUUAUACGAAAUACUUUUUAUUUACACGUUCACAGCAAUAACUGGCCUAACGAGAAGAGAGAAGUUCAGAUUUCACUACCUCUAACUGGCUUAAUAUACGCAUUUGAAUGGGUAGAUUAUAAACGCGUCUGAUUGGUUAAUUGAGUCUCUCUAAGUUUGUAUUUCCUGACUUACUACAGUUAGUUUAUCUUUGUUCUAGGACUUCAAAUGAUGACGAGAAUGUGGCGCGUGUGUAUGGUCUGGGUGCUUUCAAGGUGAGUGUUCAAAAUGUGUCUUCUCCUUAGCAGAAACUCUUCUAAAAAAACUUCUUCUUAGCAGAAACUCUUCUGAAGAAACUUCUUAGCAGAAACUCUUCUGAAGAAACUUCUUAGCAGAAAGUUCUUCUUGUUAAAACAAAACAAAUCCUUUUGAAUUUGUGCACAUUUUAAAAAUUGUGAAGUGAAUUAAUUUUUGUCAAUAUACAUCCCCAGGAAUCCAUUAUCAUCAUUAUUCGCAUGAAUUAUUAAUGAGUUUGAGAUAUGCCAUUCAUUUGGUUUCGUCUCCAUUCUCCUACAGGAUGUGCGGGCAGAAGCGGAACAACGUGUUUACGAGAAAUUAAACCAGAAGAUGGAUGAAUUUCUUGACUUAGGUAAUCCAGCUACCUUCUCGCGCCUUUUCCCUUUUAAAUUUUGAAAGCUUCUAACUUGGGUAAGUUAAUGCUUUGUGAAAGGCAAUGUCAAAAUCGACAUUAUAUGGGGGGGGGGGGCUACAAAGAUGGGAACAUGUUUAUAUGUAUACUGAUAUUUUAGACUUUACAGUGUCCACAGAAUUUUUGCCAUGGUUGUAGGUCAACACGGCCCGUGAACUGACCUUUUAAUGGUACUGCAGAAACUAUACCAAUCUUAUACACUAUAAUUUUAUUAUAUCCGCAACAAACUUACGUCGCUGUCGUAUUUUGUUUUUAGCUACGUAUAAUUGGUCAACCUCGGGCAGUAAGAAUCAUCCAAGCGAAUAUCUUGUCGAUCUCUUAACAUACCUACGUGUCACUUUCCUAACCUUUACUAAUCUGCCU